AUGGCCGGCGGCGAAGGGGUGGGAUGGCCUGGUCUGGGAGCUACGCGAGAGCGAGGUAGAGCUAGGGAUGGGGUCUACGCGGGCGGAGCGGCCGUGGAGGAGCAGAGUGACAGUGAGCUCAUGCUCGCCGGCGUUCGGGCGGGCGGUGGCGGCGUUCUGGAGGUUUGGGGCGGGGAACUGCCGAGGGAAAGAGGGGAUUGGGAUGCGGGGGUUCCCCUGAUGCUGAAGCGCACGAGAGGAAGGGAGCCGGGGCUCUUCCCCGAGAUUGCCACGGCGACGGCGAUGUGGCGGCCGCGCAGCAUGACCGGGGCAACGUGGCGAGGGGAGGAGGGCUCCAGCGCCGGUGGGAGUGGGGCAGGGGGUUGCGAGGGUGCCGCGUGUAGCGGUGGAGCAGCAGGAGGUGGCCUCCCGGCCUUCCUGAGCAGUGGCGGCACCGCUCUGCGCCGGCGACAGAGGAAGCAGAGAGAGAGGAGGGAGACGACAGCUGGACCUGUUUGCAAAUUCAUUAAAGUUUAG